GUCCAUUCCAUCUUUACUUUACAUGCGUUGUCUUUCUCUCCUUCUCACCACUUUGACAACUGUGGAUUGCUUUAUCUUUUAUGCUUAUACUUCACGGUCGUCCUUGCAGAAGUUUCAAUUGAGACGAACAUUGUUCUGUUCAAGAUUACCAAGGGAAAGGGUUCAGGCUUAGACUUCACUUCACGAAGGAUAUUGCGGCAGGUAUUGUUACCUCUUGAUUACCGCGGCCGUAACAACUAUAGAAACACACGACAAGAGACGGAUGUUCGCUGAAGUAGCACGAAACUACAGGAAGCCUAUGACUCAGGAUAUAUUGUCUAUGACUUCGCCUUGACAGCCUAUUAUCGAAAGUCCUUGCACAGAGCCAAAGCACCGUGGUGAAGGAAAGCAAACAUUAGAAGGACUAACAGUCUCAUAAUACGAUACGACUCUCAAAAUGUCCUCCUCACAACCACAAAUCUACCGCCCUAAACCCCGCCGUCCCUUCGCCCCCUUCGACCAAACCUCCACACCACAAGAACCUCCCUCUCCUUCGCUCGCCCCUUUAGAACCGCCUUCACGAACCCACUCCUUCCUCAACCUCACCUCCUCGACCCUCCUAGGCAUAUACUCACCUACCGGCUACCAAGCGGACGACAUCUCCUCCACACCAUGGGGGACAGGCGCGCAGACCCCACGAACACCGUCAUUCUCAGCGCCAGGCUCAACACGUCCAAGAUCGAAAUCGCAGGCUCAUCUCCAGCCUUCACAAUCCGCGACGUCGAAUGUGUUCGCACUAGGGUUGAGGGGUAUACUGCUCUUUGGUAUGGGUAUGGGAUAUGGACUUCUAGUACGUCAUCUCCAUGACGACAGGCAACUGGCGCCGUUCCAGGUAGAAGGCAUCAUCAAGCCGCGGAACGACUGGCGAUACCUUGUGUUUUGGGGCGUGGCAGGCGUCUUACUGGGAAGCUUGAUGCCGUGGGUCGAUACGCUCUUCUUGGAGUCUGGAGAGGAGGCACUUUCUAGUCCUGGAGAGGCAGAAGGGCAGGAAGAGGGUGGGGAGAGCGGCAUCUUCGGAGCGGACUGGACGCCGGUUGUUAGGAGUGUGGGUGCCUUUGUGGGCAUUGCUUAUGCUAUUCGCAAACUCCCAUGGGCAUCAACCCUCCAAGCCUCUCUCACACUCGCCCUCGUCAAUCCAGUCCUCUGGUACUUAAUCGACCGAUCCAAACCCGGCUUCCUCCUCUCCGCGUUCGUCGGUGCAACCGGCACAGCUCUCCUCCUUGCCUCGAAUCCCGAUAUGAUGCCCUCCCCGGCCUUUGCCAGUAUGCCUAAGAGCUCCAAGAAUUCCACCUCGUCGAAAUAUCUAAGCAGUCUGGGUGGCGAGCUAGGACUAGGCGGUAUUAGGAGGGAGACUAUCGAGGGCGGGAUUUGGAUUCUCAGCGUACUGUUUUGUAGUUGUGUCUGUUUUGGUAAUAUCGGGAGGAGGCUUGCUCUAAGCGGGAGGGGUCGUGUAGCAAGAGGGAGAUAG